CACGUCACGCGAGAAGGCGCAGGAGCCAAGCGAGAGGAAAAAAAAAAAAAAAAUCAACAAGAACAACAACAGUUACCUGUACCAAACCCAGCGGGACAGGGUGCAGACAUGUCCAGCACACACCUGCCGGCCUUAAGGGACUGCAUGGAAGCGUGAAGGAUAUGAAUUCCUCUGAGUAUGGGGGCAUUUCAGAUGAAGCAAUGCUUGAAAAAGAGCAAAAACAUGCCCAAGGCAUUAAGGAGGAGACGGAGGACUUUGCUAUUUGUGAGCCAGCUGAAGGACUUGGAGGAGGAUCUCCUGGGGCCACUGAGGCUGGUAAACGCACAUCUACAGAGAUGGGCUCUGACACAAACCAGUCCACCAGCAGCAAGAGGGCCAGAGUUUCAGGAGAGACCAGGCAGCAGUUGAUAGAGGAGACAAGCCGACGUGAGCCUCUAUGCCUGACUACAUCUGGCGAGAAAAGGGACUGUGGUCAGGAGAAAUCCAGAGUCUCCUAUAGAAAGCCCCUGUUCAGAAUCUCCCAUAGGAUCACGGAGAAGAGGGUCACACCCAGUCUGGAGCAGCAGGCCAGUCAAGCUGGAGGACAUCAGCUCAACUACAGCAGCAUCCUCUCACAAGAGUUUCUCAGUCCAGAGGAAAAUGGCCCGUUUGAGGCCUUCCCCACCACAGGCACGUCAGGCCAAGCCUCAUCAACAGACUUGGGCCUUUAUCCGCUGAUUGAAAAAAUGUUUUUCAUCCUCAACACCCUCAAUUCAAGCAUGACACAGCUGCACAGCAAAGUGGACUUACUGUCUCUCGAAGUCAUGCGGAUAAAGAAGCAGAUAAAACCGGCUGAGAUGGUCACAGAGUUCCAGCCUCCUCCAGAGUAUCUGCUGACAAGUGAUGAAUUGAACCAGCUGAUGGAGCAGACAUCUAGCGCUGGGGAGCUAGGGUGUCGGUUGCUUGUGCAUCUCUUCCCUGAGCUGUUCAGAGCCAAGGAAUGCUCUCAUGGUUGCGUGGCAAGCAAGAGAACACUGGACUCUCUUCAUCUACAACUGAUCCGUAACUAUGUUGAGGUAUGUUUCCCUCUGGUCAAGAAUAACAGUGUCUGGCAGGAAGAGUGCCUCCUUCAGAUAAAUGACUUCUUUAAUCGCUUCUGGGCCCAGAGGGACAUGGAGAGUGCUCGGUUGCACAGGAAGCAGACAAUCACAGGUGCUGGGAUAAAAGCUGAGCAUGCUCAGACCUGCCGUUUCAUUAACGAAGAGGGUCAGGAGGAGCACAUCUCUCUCGCUAGCCAGCAGAACAACUCGGCUGUGUCGGACCUUGCUUUUGACACUCCUGCCACAGAGGACCUGGAUGAGCUCUCCUCCCCUGAGGACUUUGUUAUUUUCCUCCUACACCGUCUCUUCCCUGAGGUUUUUGAGGAGGGAAAAAUGCCAGAAGGUUCCAGCAGUUUCAGUAGCGUGGGGCAGCUGAUUCUGGACUCUGACAAGAUGGAAAUAAUAAGGAAGUACAUGGAAGCAAAUUUUCCUGACGUGCCUGAGGAUAGCUGGCUCCAGGUGUGCAUUCAGCGUAUGGAGGAUGCACUAGAGGGUCCUCACAGCAAUGGCAAUGGGAGUGAACCUGACAACAUCAAUGACGAGAGCUAUGAGCUGGCCAGUCUUCCCGAAGAUGUUUCCAUCAUUAAGGUCCCCGACUUAGGUGAUUCUGAAAAGCCCAGUCGCAGGUCCAAAAGGUCUCUGCUAACACCCGUUGAUUUUGACAAGCUGGAGAUUCCUCCACCAGACUUUAAUGUUCCCCAGGAGUAUCUUUUGACCAAGGAUCAGCUGAGAGACAGCUAUGACUGCAGCUUGUCUAUAGGGAACUUUGCUUCUCGGCUGCUGGUGCUGAUGUUCCCUGAGCUCUUCACUCACGAGAACACACGUAAGCAUUACAACUGUAGCGGCUCCCUGGGGAAGAAACAGCUUGACCCAGUUCGAGUCAACCUGAUCCGCCACUAUGUGCAAUUACUCUACCCCCGGGCCAAGAAUGACAGAGUGUGGAUGUUGGAAUUUGUGGGCAAACUUGACGAGCGGUGUAGGAGACGUGACACGGAGCAGAGGAGGUCAUACCUGCAGCAGCGCAAAGUUUACGUUCAAGAGUCAGAUCAUGAGGCUGGGGACUUUCUUUGCCAGCUGAACCAGCUAAAUCCAGAUGGCAUGAGGGAGGACCCAGAUAUUCCCUCCUUGCCCCCUGAGAAAAGCAGCAAAGACUUCUGCAAGAUUCCUCUGGAUGAACUGACUGUGUCGCUGCCCGACUUCCCUGUACCCUCUGCCUACCUGCUCUCAGACACAGAAGUCCGGGAAAUUGUCCAGCAGAGUCUGUCUGUUGGGAACUUUGCUGCCCGCCUGUUGGUGCGGCUCUUCCCCGAGCUCUUCACCCAGGAGAACCUGCGGCUUCAGUACAACCACUCAGGGGCCUGCAACAAGAAGCAGCUUGACCCAGUGCGCCUCAGGCUGAUUCGUCAUUAUGUGGAAGCAGUGUAUCCUGUGGAUAAAAUGGAGGAGGUGUGGCACUACGAAUGUGUACCGAGCAUUGACGAACGCUGCCGGCGUCCCAACCGCAAGAAGUGUGACAUAUUGAAGAAGGCCAAGAGAUCAAGCACUGUGUCCUAGUCGCACCUAAGGGUUCGGAGACACUUUUUAUCAUGAAAGUAAUUGCACAGUACAUAAGCUUAAAUCGCAUUGUUGAACCUUUACAAACUGUCCCAUGUAGGAUGAAGCCAAGCUGUUAUGGAUUUCUUCAGUACUAUUCUUGGUCACAUUUUCCAUUUUGACUACAGCAAUAGAUGUUGUAGUUUAAGUAAUCAUAUUGUUAGAUAAAGAGUCAAAACGAGCUUCUAUUUAUAAGCCAAAACUGUCACAGCGCAUCUAACAUACUUUGUUGAUAAAUGUUGUAGCCUUAAAGACAAUAACAAUGAUAGCUAAUAGCAUAGUUCACACAUUUUGCUAUAUGGAUAUAAAUUAAUCACAAUGAAGUGAUAUCUUUCCAUUGCAGUUACUGAUGUAGCAUUGUGCCAUCACUGUUUUAAUAACAAUGUGCUUAUGUUAAGCCUUCUUAUAGAAGUUUAUAUUAUAAAGACAAUUUAACCAUGACAAUGGAUCAUGUUAACCUGUUUCUAAUAAAAUCACAGUUACAAAUAUGACAUACAGGUGGACUCUCUUACAAUGUCUGUUAGUACUGCAUUUCACAUGGGUGGCAGCAGUGAAGACCAGACUGAACAGAAAUGUCAUGUGCUACCUGUUGAAGUGCCUGCAGAAGCGUCACACAU